GCGGCGGGCGAGGAUGGCGGGGGCCCGGCAGGACCCACGUGGCCUGUUCGGCGCCGGGGUGCGGGCGGUCCUCGGGGCUUGGCCCGUCUUACAGAUUGCAGUGGAGAAUGGCUUCGGCGGCAUCCACAGCCAGGAGAAGGCUGAAUGGCUGAUGGGAGUUGUAGAGGAGUAUUUCUUCAAUAAUGCCGACCUGGAGCAGGAUGAGGUGGAAGACUUCCUCUCCGAGCUCAUGACCAAUGAAUUUGACACGGUGGUGGAGGAUGGGAGCCUGCCCCAGGUGAGUCAGCAACUACAGACGGUAUUUGGUCACUGCCAGAGGGGUGACGGGGCCACCUUGCAGGAGAUGAUCACCCAAAUGGCCCAGAAGUCACAGGUCAAAGCCACAGCGGUCCGGGCAGCCAGGGAGAGUGAAGAGGAGGACGAUGAAGAUGAGGAGGAGAUGGAGGUCACAGAUGACACGGCUUCAGGGAGCUCAGCCUGCCCGCCCCCGGGUCCCUCGGGACCCCCGCCCGGCCCGGACGCCGCUUCAGGCGGGGAGAGGACAGAGGACGGUUGGACUGUGGUGCGGAGAAAAAAGAAGUGAGCGGGUCUGGGGCAACGGUGGAAGCCUGGGGCCUGGACUCUGCCCCCCGGAGCCGGCCCGUGCUGGGGGAGGGAUCGAAGCAACUUGUCCGGUGUGGUGUGUGCGCUUUGCUGGGCCUUGGGGAGGGAGAGACAGCUGCUUCCCAAAGCUGACAGUGGCAGUCCCCUCCCCGCCCUUCUCCCCAAUCUGUUCUGCUGUGGCCCCCGACCCCUCCCUUUCCCCAAGCGAGGAUCAAAUCCCCCGUCCCCCCAGCCCUGCUGCACUACUGUUUCCCUCCCAAGGAGGUUAAGUGCACGAGGGGCCUCAGGCCUGGGGCCGGGCACACAGACGCUCUAAACCCUUCUCUUCUCCUCUUUCCUGCUCAUGUGGGAGCUUGUCCCUGCUCCACGACUGACCCAAGCCCGAGCCCUGCGGGCUGGGUUUUCCUUAAGGCCCAGUACUUCUUAGCGAAUCACCUGCUCUUUCGCCGGCUAAGCAGAGGGCGGCCGUGCCGAAGCACUUAAAGUAGCCCGGCUCCGUCUUCCCAAGAAUACUCCACCUCAGGCCGGGGUUAGGGCGGGGAGCUAUAGGAACGGAGGGGGCAGGGCCCCUGUCUUGCUCUGGCCCUUCAAGGGUUGUGAAAGCCCCUCCCCCCCCCAGCAGCACCAACCAAUUGGGGGGGAAGGCGAUUCCAUUUAUUGAGUGGGGCACUCACGGCGGGAGAGCGGAGAGGCAGCAUGGACCGGCACAGCCUCAAUAAAGUGACAGAGACGGGGACGGGAGAGUAGGGAUGUGGCCUCUUCCAGAGACAGAUGUUUUUCCUUUAUACACACACACAAAAUUAAACAAGAAUGUAAAAAAAAA